AUGUUCAUUCUACAAACAACCACAGCGAUACUAAUCGCAUUCCUUGCACUUGUCGCGUAUAACGAAGUUCGAAAUCGUCUCGCCAAAGGCCGGUCAAGAAGGAAAGAUCUCGAAACUCCAGGCAGUCCAACGAUAUCCACUACCAAUGAUGUCAAACCACCGCCGCAAGAUGCGAACUUGGAAAAGGACCAUGUUCUCGAAACAUCUCGGCUGAGCAAUGAAGAGCUAGAGAGAUAUAAGCACAUCUACUACAAACUACAUCAUCUUGAGAAUCACCCUGAGAUUUUGCCAGAGUGCAACAAGCUCCUUCUCAGUCUACUCUCUUCAACAAUCACGGAUGCAGUCAAGGAACCCGGAGAUGGCAUUCUGUCCGUUAAGAGAUUCUCACGUGAAUCAUUAGAUGAAUUUCUCAAAGCCAAAGAUGUUGACGUCACCAACCGGUGGGAGGAGUAUCUUUCGCGUCGAAGAGCUGGUGGAUCCCGAGAGAUGUUUGCCGACAAAGAUGAGGCAAAGUGGUGGCUCAAGCAAGCAGCGCCAGUCAAAUACGUUGAUGGUGCGUGGCUCGGACACAUCAACAAAAUCACCACACCAUUCCAGUACCGUCAGAUUACCAAGAACGCAUGGCAGGUCAUGUCCGAAGAGCUUGGCGACGGCGACCUUGCAAAGAACCAUGUACAUGUAUAUCGACAAUUGAUGAACGACAUCGACGCUGGUCUUCCUGCUGCUGACUCGGAGGACUUUAUCAAUCCUCGCCAUGGAUUAACAGAAACGCGAUGCUGGAAAGCUGCCAUGGCGCAACUUACCAUCUCCCUGUUCUCUCACGAUUUUCUUCCCGAGCUUUUGGGCUUCAACAUGGCUUAUGAGAGCCUGCCACUCCACCUGUUGAAGACCGUCAAGGAGCUUCGUGAACUUCGGCUAAAUCCGUACUAUUUCGAACUCCACAUAUCUAUCGACAAUGCCGAUUCUGGUCAUGCUGCUAUGGCAAUGGCUGCAGUUACUAACUACAUUGAGAUGAUAGCUGAGAAGGAAGGAGAGGAAGCCGCGCAUGUCGCGUGGAGACGCGUGCAGGCUGGCUACAUCCUCGCUGAGGGCUUGCCCACUACCCCAGAAAGUCCAUCACUGAAAGCCCAUGCUGAAGAGCCUUUUCCUCGUAGCAAUACUGAGGCGGCGCUAAUCGACAUCUUUGCUGCAAAAAGCUUUGUCGCCCACAAGAUCCAUUGCAACAGUCGCCUGAAAAUUGGUCGCCGUUCUUUAGUGGAUUGGUUAGAGCCGAAUGCUUUCAAAGAUGCACAGUGGCAAGGAGAGUUCCUACAGGACCUUGGCAAUUGUAGACCUUGGGUAAUCAAGGGUAGCAGUGGAAAGAGUAGAUUAGUGACAGAGUUGUCCUGGGAAGGCAAGAUGUUUGGAAGUUUCACCGAGAAGGAGGUGGAAAUCGUAAAAGCGUGGAUAGACGAACUUGGCCUGCCUAUUCAGAGCCCAGAGUCAGAUCCAAACGCAUAUUUUGAGUUCACAGGACGGUCUUUUAGUCCUCUAGUGGAACUGAUGACACGGCAUCUGGACAUCCUUGUCGACUACCCAGUCCUUGCGACGCCUGAGCCGGACACUCCUUUCAAGAACACCAACGCCAACGAUCUGAACAUCGAUGAUGCACCAACUCUUGAUCUCAGUAGGCUCAACAUCUCCAAUUUCCUCCCUUUGUGGUUCACAUCACCUACUCUACUCGAAACGCUCCCUGCCGUACCUAUCCGAGCUGCCGACGAAUUCGGCUCUGCCAUCGUACGCGUACUUCGCGCUCAGACUGGAUUCAGUGCUGAAGGCUCCGGUGUAGCCGGCAUGGACGAAGUUCACCGUACUGACGACGGUCAAGCUAUUGGCCUGGUUGAGGUUGGCCUGGAAAUGUGCCAUAGCGCAAGCAUAAGGAUACCCUCGAGCUUGGAGGAAGCAGUCGCUAUGGGUAAUGAUGAAUCAGUUUCGUUCUCGCAGUGGAUGAUUUGGAUGGGUAUGCGAUGGCUGACCCAUCAGGAUCUACUCGUGGGUAUGACUUGGGCAUUCAUGGAGGUGCAUGAAGCAAUUGCCAGAGGUCAGGGAGACAUGGCGUUAUUGUGUGAGGAGAGUCGGUGCGUGAUGCAGGAAAUCGUCAUCAGGGAGAGAACAGGCUUGGAUAUCUGCAAAGAAGAGAUAUUUCAGGACCAGAAACGUAAGCAGGAGUUCUGCACGGGACUUUGCAUAGCGAGAAGAGCGAUUCAAGCAUGUUUCACGAAGUAG